AUGCUAGGGCUGUGGCGGUGCGAAGUGGCUCACCGACCGGCCUGCGUGGCGGGGACCGGACCGAGCCCGCCCAGUCCUGAGCGCAGCGUCUGCGGCUGCCGGCUACACCUGUCCCGCCGCAAGUCCGCCCCGCGCGGGGGACCAGGGGUGCUGCCGGGCACGAAGCUCAACGGGUUCUGUGCUGCAAGCGGCGGCUCGCGCCUGGGAGACCAGCGGCAGGAAGUGCGGGCAGCGGCCGGCCAGGUCCCCGGGGAGGCCGGGGCGCGGCGUGCACGCUCCCCCGCGCAGCUGGCGAGCCGCACCGCCCCCGCGGCACCUCCAUGCGCCCCUGGCCUGCUCGCUAGUCGCUGUCCUCUAGAGGAUUCAGCAGGACCGUUCCUCUUCCUCGGCCGCGAGCACGUGCGCGGGGGUGCGCGCGGAGGUCACGGUCACUGCGGGGCUCAGGGAAGGAGGCGCCGUGCCUGCAGGACCUCCCUUCGCUUGGGCGCAAGCCGGCGAUUAGCCUGGUCCCCUAGGACAUCUCCAGGGCUCCGGGGAACCUCUCCUGCGCAGGCUUGGCCCUGCCUCCUCCAAGCGUCCGAGUCUUUUUCGGCUUUUCGUGAGCCUCAGAGAGGGACGUUUCCUGCCAGCGCUGCUGCGAAGGAAAGUUUGGGCGGCGUUAUCCCGACUGCCUUCCUCGCCAGCGCCGGCGAGCAGCUUGGGGACACAGCCGACGCCCGGGCAUCCUCCCCGACGACUCCCCGGAGCGCUCCCAGUUCAGACUCCUUUCCGAGAAGCGCGCAGAAGUGA